ACAGCCCAAGAUUGACAGACUUGCCAUUGUAAAUAUAACACCAUACUAGGUUGACUUAAGUCUCACUUUAUUGAUUCAUAUGGAGUCCUCUCUUUUUUACUCUCAAUAACAUGUUCACAUUGUAGUUUGACAGACGCUGACAGGUGCGUCCAACAGCCGGAGAAGAUGAGUCGCUUCCUGAACGUCCUGCGGAGCUGGCUGGUGAUGGUGUCUGUCAUCGCGAUGGGAAACACCGUGCAGAGUUUCAGAGAUCAUAGUUUUUUGUCGGAGAAGCUCUACACGGGCACACCAGAGUUUGUGAACGGUCUCCAAGCUCGAACAUUUGGUAUUUGGACACUACUAUCUUCGAUCAUCCGCUGCGCCUGUGCCAUUGAUAUCCAGAACAGAACGCUGUAUCACAUCACCUUGUGGACAUUUGUGCUGGCGUUGGGCCACUUUCUUUCUGAAGCCUUCAUCUACAAAACUGCACCUCUGACUAUCGGGGUCAUGGCACCUCUCAUUGUGGCAAGUUUUUCUAUCAUGGGAAUGCUGAUUGGAUUCCAGUGUAUUCCAGAGACACAAGAGGAAGUCGGAGCACGACAGAAGAAGCGUAACUGAAUCCCGGCAGUUAAGAUUUUCUUUCAGUCCAUUGAACCCACCUCCUCAGUGACCACCAGACACACAAGAAACUGGUCCCAGUGUGCUUCUUCUUGCCUUGGAAGAACAUGAGAUCUAGAUUUAAAUUAAUUUCCUACUGAAACACCUCAUACAUCUGUAUGUGGGCUGUAUUUCAUAUUUUUAAACUGAAAUUUUACAGUUGAAAGUGCAAUCAAAAAAAGGUUUGAACAGUGAUCAACAUGUGCUGGUUCAUAGUUCAUUUUCAAGUUAAUAAUGCAUGGAGGUUUCAUUUUGUUAAUUUUGUAGUAACUGCUGUGAUCCCAGUAAAAGGUGAAACUGCUGAAUUCAAAUGCUGAAAACAUGAGCACAUUGUUCUACGUGAGAUUUGUUAAGGUACACAGAAAAAUAAAUUCUCUUGCUCCUUAUUUUAUCCAAACACA